GGACGUUGCCAUGGAAACGCCUUAUUAUUUUCUUCAAAAACCUUAACACGACGGAAAGGCGUCUUAAUCACAUCGGAAGACGAUAAGAAGAUAAGCARGAUCAUUACUACUAAGAGCUGAAUCUCAAGACUUCUCUUGAAUCGUCCGUUCACUUCACUUGAUGAGCUGCUUCGUAACUGGAGCACCUUGAAGAAUUCUGCCCUAGACGUCAGCUUGCUAUUUCUGCACUUUGUCCCAUGUCGCCCUUUSAUUGAGGAAGAAAUCAUAAGCAAACUACUGUUCCCAACGAUUUUGCUGUUGUCUUGGACACAUCUUUCUGAAGAGAACUGAGAAGAGCAAGAGACGCCAACCCUGCGGUUCCUAUGAACGGUGAUCAACCUGAGACUUUGCAACAAAGGGUUGCUGGACGGACAUCCGAGUGAAAUAGAUCUGCUGGUAGGAGUAACAAGUCAUUAUUUAAGAAGAAAUUUGCUACGAAURCACCACAACAAAAGAAGAUAGUGAAGARGCUUAGUACAUCGUGGCCAAACAACUCGUGCCGUUAAGAGCAAGGAGCUGGGAGAUACGACAUAAAGUCAAGAGAAACCUKGAAGAAGAACAAUUAGCCACCACGAGACGCGGGAUUGAAAAUGAAUCUAUCUCAGAACGGAUCCAUUGUCCCAAAGAUUCCAGAUUACUACAAAGAAUCACUAGGACUAGUAAUAACAAGACUGUCUUUUGAGACAGCCAUAGCGUUGGCCGGUGUCGUAGGGAACAUUUUAGUUUGUAUCGUGAUCGCUUCGAAACGCCUUCGAGGAAGAGCGUCCAUGCAUUAUUAUCUGUUGAACCUGGCGCUUGCAGACAUUGGAGUGCUGACUGUCAUCUUUCCAAUUGCAGUAGUCAGAGAGAGAAUCCCAGGAUACUGGCCAUUUGGUAGGAUCGUCUGCCUUUAUAUCUACCCAUUCGUAGACACUUUCUAUGGGGCUUCSAUAUGGUUCAUCACGUCGAUUGCAUUCCAGAGGUACAGAAAAAUAGUAGUCAAAGGAAAAGGUAUUCAUGGGGAAAGUAGUUCGACAAGGCAGAUCAUCUGUAACCUUCUCUUGAUCUGGCUAGUUUCUUUCCUCAUCGCUUCAUUUCCUCUUUUCUUCAUCUUUACGUAUUUUGAAGACACURAAAACAAUAAAAUCCACUGUUGGCCCGCCUGGGAAAAAGCACCUCACAAAUCCCUCAGCGCGACCUAUACGGUCAGUCUAAUUGUCUUCUCUUAUGUUUUACCGUUGGCUGUCAUCUCAUGGACUUACGUCGGGAUAUGGCGGGAAAUUCGUAUGAGCAAUUUGUUUCACCAAAGCCUUGACAGAGAAGCGGGCGGCUCCUCUAACAACAAGAUUCACAAAAGACUGAAUGAAAACGCUCGCGCCAAAAAGAUCCUGACGCCUAUCGUUGUCACCUUUGCAGUUACAAUGCUGCCAGUCAGUGUAUUUCGAUUACUUGUUGUKUUCUGGAAACCUCUACCUUCCAUUCAUCAUUUCUGGACUUUUUAUAACACCAUGGUCAUCAUGACGAUAGCCAAUUCUGCUGCCAACCCUAUUAUAUACUCUGUUGUGAGUAGAGAAUUCCGAAGUGCCUUCAUUAAGUUGAUCUUAAGAAGAGAACAUUCCAUACUAUCAAGGCUACCUUCAAAAAGCGAUGCUCACACCAAAGUCACCAACGAUAAACGAAAGAGAUCGUUUAAUGUUGCAACGCCGUUCUCUCCAAARACCUGGCCAGAUGCUAAGCAACUCAAAGAAACAGUCCUUUAGACUAUAUAUAUAUACCUAUUUCAAAAAAGGUUGUCAUCUUCAAAAGGCGAUAUAGGGAAUAGGAGAUAGGCGAAAAGCGAUCCAAGAAUAGCUGGAAUGACUUGUGUUUCUGCUUCAUAUUUUCGUUAAGAACAUGAACCUUAGUGUUGAGACUGAUUCGAUGUUCUUUGUAUUCAAAGAAACCUUUUCCAUGUCGAGAAUGACCUAUCGCCUAUCGCCUUUGGCGAAGACAACGUUCUUUGGAAUAGAUGUACUUAACAGAGCAUAUUUAUUCCGCAGAGAAUGAAUAUAGUUCUAAAGUUGUCCUCCAAGCCAGGGGCAGCUUGUCCGUCUAGUAACCAGAAGAGCUUGAAAAAUACGAUGGCCAAAAAUUUUACUAUUACCGGCGUUUGCAUUGCUAAGCGGCCACCCCAGACAAAAAUCGCGACGUGCACUUUGCAAUAGACUGCCGUCAAUCAAACACGAAACUUUUGUUUUCAAGCUGCUUAUUUUUAAAUUUUGAUUUCUAAAAUGCCAUUGAUUGAAAAUAAAGUUUAUCUGAAAAAGGUGUUCCGAAGAAUUGACAAAUGUAAAUUAAACUUUAGGCUGUAGCUACUGCGGAGAGAAAGUACUAUUAGACGUCAAUCAAGGAUAAGUAAAGAGAGCAGCUUCUACAGCCAUUCAUUGAAUAGAAUGGAAAAUUAAUAAUGGACAAAUACUCUAAUGGCCUAAUGCAUAUGUAAAUAGCUURAAGUCGGGGGCUAAAACUCUUAAUGAUAAAAUUAACUGAAAUAAAUUGUACUAACUUAAGAAUUUAAAGUUUCGUAGGUCUACAGUCUACUGAGGUCUAUUAAACUUGCUAAUUUGUGAACAUA